AUGCGUAAUGCUUUGAACGUGUUGGUCGACUCUGUCGAGAACCCAGACCACCAGCGUCGCUUCGAGAACGAAAUGGACUCCUUCUUUGCCUUGUACAGAAGAUUCUUGUCCGACAAGGCUUCCGGCACCGCCGUCGACUGGGAGAAGAUCAAGUCGCCAUCUCCAAGCGAGGUCGUGCAAUACCUGACCUUGUCCGAGAACGUCGAGAAGGAGACCGCCUCCUUGGCCAAGUUGGCCGUGUUGAAGUUGAACGGUGGUUUGGGUACCUCCAUGGGCUGUGUCGGUCCAAAGUCCGUGAUCGAGGUCAGAGAUGGUAACACCUUCUUGGACUUGUCUGUCAGACAAAUUGAGCACUUGAACAGAAGAUACGACACCGAUGUCCCUCUUUUGUUGAUGAACUCGUUCAACACUGACGCCGACACCGCCAAGAUUAUCAAGAAGUACUCGGGCCACAGAAUUAGAGUUAGAACCUUCAACCAGUCCCGUUUCCCUCGUAUCUACAAAGACUCUUUGUUGCCUGUUCCUGAAUCUUUCGAUGACGACUUGGAGACUUGGUACCCUCCAGGACACGGUGACUUGUUCGAGAGUUUGGUGUCUUCCGGUGAGUUGGAUGCCUUGUUGGCCCAGGGCAGAGAGAUCUUGUUCGUCUCCAACGGUGACAACUUGGGUGCCACUGUUGACACCAAGAUCUUGAACCACAUGAUCGAGACUGGUGCCGAGUACAUCAUGGAGUUGACCGACAAGACCAGAGCUGAUGUUAAGGGUGGUACCUUGAUCAACUACGAGGGCGAGGUCAGAUUGUUGGAGAUCGCUCAAGUGCCAAAGGAGCACGUUGAGGAGUUCAAGAGUAUCAAGAAGUUCAAGUACUUUAACACCAACAACUUGUGGAUCAACUUGAAGGCCGUCAAGAGAUUGGUUGAGUCCAAUGCCAUUGAGUCUGAGAUCAUUCCUAACGCCAAGACCAUCACCAAGGGUAACUCCGACAUCAACGUGAUGCAAUUGGAGACCGCUGUCGGUGCUGCCAUUAGACAUUUCGACGGUGCUCACGGUGUCAACGUGCCAAGAUCCAGAUUCUUGCCAGUCAAGACCUGUUCUGACUUGCUAUUAGUCAAGUCCGACUUGUUCUAUCUCGAGCACGGUGCCUUGAAGUUGGACCCAACCAGAGAUGGUUUCGCCAACCCCUUGAUCAAGUUGGGAUCUCACUUCAAGAAGGUCAACGACUUCCAAAAGAGACUCCCUCACAUGCCUAAGAUCUUGGAGUUGGACCACUUGACCAUCACCGGUAACGUGAAGGUUGGUAGAGAUGUGACCUUGAAGGGUACUGUGAUCAUUGUUGUCAACGAGAACGAAUCCAUUGACAUUCCUAACGGAUCCGUCUUGGAAAACGUUGUUGUGACCGGCAACUUGCGUAUCUUGGAGCACUAA